AUGGAGCAAGCCAAAGCCCUCAACGCUCUCGAGCCGUUCAUCGCGCUCUCCAAAUCUGCCAGCUCCCCGCGCGCUGCGGCAGACCUCGUGACCCGCGCAACCUCGGCCGCCAACACCUUUAUUUUCACCGAGCUUCUCCAGACGCCUCAAAUCCAGUCCCUAGCAAACUCCGACGAGUUCUUCCCCUACCUCACGCUCCUCCAAAUUUUCAGCCAUGGGACUUACGCAGAUUACACUGCCAACGCCUCGACGCUUCCCACCCUCAACGACGAACAGAAGCUGAAGCUGCGCCAGCUCUCCCUCCUCACACUGGUCACCAACGAUGGCAACGACAUCGGCAGCGCUCCCGAUGAUGACGUCAUGCAGCAAGAGCAGGAACAGGCGCAAGUACAGCCGAAUCUAAGCUAUGCCUCCCUGAUCCGACACCUGGAGCUUUCCAGCGCUCGGGAGCUGGAAGAGCUCGUGAUCAGCGCCAUCUACGCUGGCCUUAUCGAAGGUCAGCUAGACCCUGCGAACGAGAUGGUACAGAUAAACACCGUGGCCGCUCUGCGGGAUGUGCCUGCGCGAGGCGUGGGCGGUCUGCUCUCGAGCUUGCAGGGCUGGGCGGGUCGGUGCGAAGCGACGCUGCAGGAGCUGGAAGCAACCAUGGCCAACCUGCGGGAGGAGGCGGACAGGCGGGCGAGCGAGGAGCAGGAGUGGAACAACAAGAUGUCGCAGUUGUUGGAAGAUGAACAGAAGGGUGCGGUACCGUCCUCUUCUUCUUCGUCCUCUUUGCCCUGGUACAAUAACAAACGCGGCGGUGGUGGUGAUGGUGCAGGUGCCGGCGCCGGUCGUGGUGGGAGCUUUCGUGGUGGCGGCUCGUCCCAGGGGUACCGGUCAUCCCAGAGAGGAAACUACCAGCAACAGCAAAAUCAAUCACGUCAGCAGCAAAGCCACCAUCACCAUCACCAAAACAAUCAGAGCGGAACGAACAGCUUGCUGACGAGUGGUGGCGGCAGUUAUCUCAGCUUCAGAGAGGGGCCAUCAGCAGUAUCGCCCUCACCAGCGGCGGGGUUAAUGGGUUCCUUGGCCUCAUACGCGACACUGGGGGGUAUGGAGACAGGCUCGGGCUCGGGCUCGGCGGGGCCUCUUGGAAAGCGAGGCAGCAGCAAUAUGGAUGACUCGGAAGAGGAUAUCGACGACGAUACGAUGGAUCUGGAUGACGAAGGUGAUGAUUCCAAGAGGGGCAGCAAGCGGAAGUUGGCCGCCUAG